AUGCGGGCGCUGCUGCGGGCCAUGGAGGUUUUCGUGACGCGGCGGAUCCCGCCCGCGGGGCUGCGGACGCUGUCGGAGGCCGGAGGCUGCGCCGUGCGCCUGUGGGACUCGGAGGAGCCGGUGCCGCGCGCGGAGCUGCUGGCGGCCGUGGCCGGCAAGCAGGGCCUGCUCUGCCUGCUCUCGGACCGCGUGGACAGGGAGCUCCUGGAGGCGGCAGGGCCCAGCCUGAAAGUCAUCAGCACCAUGUCUGUGGGGUUUGACCACCUUGACUUGCAUGAAAUCAAAAAGCGGGGGAUCCGAGUAGGGUACACGCCUGAUGUCCUGACUGAUGCCACUGCCGAGCUCUCCGUGGCUUUACUCCUAGCGACGUGCCGCCGCUUGCCAGAGUCUGCAGAGGAGGUAAAGAAUGGUGGCUGGACAACGUGGAAGCCCUUGUGGAUGUGUGGCUACGGUCUGUCUGGCAGUACCGUGGGCAUCAUAGGCUUGGGAAGGAUAGGACAGGCAGUUGCCCGCCGUCUAAAGCCAUUUGGAGUCAAGAAGUUUUUGUACACUGGCAGCCGUCCGAAAACAGAGAUUGCUGCGGAGUUUCAAGCUGAGUUUGUCCCAAUCACAAGGCUGGCUGAAGAGGCAGACUUCGUUGUCGUGACAUGUGCCUUGACUCCUGAAACCCAGGGAAUAUGCAACAAGGAUUUCUUCAGCAGAAUGAGGAAAAAUGCUGUGUUUAUCAACACAAGCAGGGGGGCUGUUGUAAACCAGGAGGACCUGUACGAUGCAUUAGUGAAUGGCCAGAUUGCAGCUGCUGGCCUGGAUGUCACGACUCCGGAGCCAUUGCCCACUGAUCACCCUCUGCUCUCCCUCAAGAACUGUGUGAUUCUGCCGCACAUUGGGAGUGCCACCUACACCACGAGGAACACCAUGUCCGUGCUGGCAGCUAACAACCUCCUGGCGGGUCUGAGAGGGGAACCCAUGCCAAGUGAGCUGCUUCUUUGAAGCAUGGCUGCCUCCGCAAGGUCACAGAGCAGGUUUUGACAUUAUCCAUGACACUGGAGAAGCUUCACACAUCCCUCUGUCCCUGUUUCCUGCUGCAACUAACACGUAUUAAAGAUAACUGGAGUGAAAAAAAAAGGAGAGUGCUUAUUAAAGAGAAAUAUUAAGUAAACAUUAAUUCAUUUAAUUUGGGAACUGGUUGGCUUUGGGUGCAUUUUGGAUCAGAGGCUGUUGGAGUAGGAAAAAAUAGGAGUCCUCUUGUUGGAGGUUUUGCUGGUUCUGUGGUCGUGUCGCAGCUGUGGUCGGAAGCAGGUGGAUCUUUGACCCGCCUCAGAAAACUCGUAAAAUGUAAGGACUCUAGCUAUUUUGCUAGCCAGCAUAUGUUGGAUCACGAGAAGCGAGUUGCUGAUGCAGCUUCCACUUUAUAAGUCUUGAUCUUCAGGUCUCAGCACAAAGUUCAGGUAUCUGACCUGAAUUCCCACCAGUCCCUUUUUUCC